AAAUUUCAAAUAGCGAGAAGCCGUGAAGCGACUUCCCACCAUUAAGCUCUCACCUGGAGAAGAUGAGCGACAGACGGUCUCUGUCCUCCUCCGACGACGCCAACCCUCCACCAUCACCACCACCAACGACGGACGAAGCUAGGGAAUGGAGGAGGAAAAGGAAAAUGAUCGUUUACGAUGAAGAAGAUGAAGAAAAAGAAGGGGACCAAGCUUCAUCGCCACUGAACAACGACGAGGAAGAAGACGAAGAUGACAAUGAAGAAGUUGGAGACGACGCGAAGCCAAUUGGAAAUGUUGUUAGGGUUUCGUGGAAAGGAAAAUCGAGAAGGAAUCAUUUCAAAGGGUUCGAAGCUGAUGGCAUUUCUUACGAACUGGAGGAUACUGUGCUUGUAAGUCCUGAAGAAUAUAGCAUGAACUUGAGGCCCUCUGUUGCCAUAAUUAGGGACAUUACUGCAACGGAAGAUGGGUUCGUUACCGUGACUGGACGCAGGUUUUAUUGGCCUCAUAUGGCAGAAAAGGAACCCGGUGGAACUUGGGAAUCCAGUGAAGCACGGGAACUGUUCUAUAGUUUCAAUAAGAGCGAGUUCCGAGCUGAUAAUGUUAUGCACAAGUGUCGGGUGCACUUUAUUCCACCAAACAAAAAGAUCCCGAGUUCUAAGGAACAUCCCGGUUUUAUAGUUCGAAAGAUCUACGAUGCGAAAUCUAAGAAACUCUCCGAGUUACUGGACAAUGAUUAUGAAGACUUCAGGAAACGUGAAAUCGAUGUGCUUGUUCAGAAAACAGUUACCCGAAUCCCGGAUUGGGAAGAAGAGAUCAGAUCAGGAGCUAAGGAAGCAAUGUCGUCCCGAAAGACCGUCUGA